AUGGCGAAUAUAACAAUUCUGAAAGAAAUUGAUGAUUUAUUUGAGUGGGUGAGUAAGUCGGAAUGCGGGAAAAUUAUUGAACCUCUGAACUGCACCAGACACUACGUCUCAUUCAGGAUACUGCGUGACCCUGGAGGUCAAAUUGUCAUAUUUCCGACUCCCAAAUACCCCGACGAAAAACCGGGCUGGAUAAUAUCUGUCGGCGACAAGAAGAUAAUGGACACUAACGAAGGAUUUCCAGAAGCUUCGACCAUCACACAAGCCUUCAUGUGCUGUCUCUACGUAAUUCUAAAUAGAAUGCAAGUCGAAAUGCCACAGGAUAUAAUAGAACUUGAUGAAAAUUUUAAAGGAAUUCUUGACUCAGUAUUUCCAGGAAUCGAUUUGGAUGCCUUAUUGAAAUGA